GGGACAUUUCCCCAUUUAUACCAAAGCCACUUAUUUUGCGGAAAAUUUCCAUUCCUUUCCUAUGAUGUGAAAUAGCAUCAUUGGAAAUCGUUGAAUUAUUUACUUCGAUCAAGAAUAAAAAUACUUUAUAUGGUCGGAAUUGUAUAUGACAAAAUUAAAAUUCACAAACCUUUGGCCAAACCCAUGGCAGCCGGUUGUGGGUACCGGAUUGACCCGAUGAAGUCCUUCAUCGGCAAUGACGGCCGCCUUAGUGUACAACACACAGCUACAACAACAACAAAACUUUGGUUUGGGGAUUUUCUUGAGGGAAAACUUUUUCAUUGGGGAUUUUUACGGGAUUUUGCGGAUCUCCCUAAAAACAAAUCUGGCAGCCAUGGCUAAGAACCAAAACAAUUUUUUUCGGCUUGUUGGAGUUUGGUAGUCGAAAAGGAUAUGUGAAAUUGACAACAAACUUUAAAACGGAGGAGACUCAUGAGCACCGUAGCGUUGGCGUAGAAGUUCCAUGGCCAAAUGAUUCUUCUGCAAGGCUGGAGAGACUGGACAUCAUAAAAAAGGAUAUAUGUUUAUAUUUUAAAGAAGGUUGCUCAGAGAUCUAACAUUUUCGCAUUACAAGAAGCGGAUCGGGAUGUGACCAUUCUUCUAUGAAAUAGUACGUGAUGUCAAAUCCCAAAGACUGUCCCUAAACAACUGUAGCGGAUUUCCGGCGGUGAUCCUCUAAUAUAUAGUGAAAAUUUGCGCUAAGAUUAAUACUCGCAAAAACUUUUCUAAUAAAAAAGAUCGGUCUAAAAAAUAGAAAAGUGGUUCAAUCAGCACGAGAACAAUAAAAAACAACAAGUCCGACCAUAUAGGUCCGACUCUAUAAGUUAGUUGAAGACUUGGAGAAAAAAGCUCCAGAUACAUAUAGGUGGUCCGGAAAUAAGAAGACAAAUGAUAUGGUGAUUUGGUAGACGUCAAGCCAAUAUGUUUUGAAAAGACUUUAAGCCGAUAUGAAUAAAUCCUCGCUGGAACUAGAACGAAAAUGCUUACUGGCAGAACGGGAGAGACUAAGUGCGUCACAAACAAAACAGUCCGAAAAAGAAGACCCUAAAGAGGAUCACUCAAGCAUAGCAGAAGAUAAUUCCGAAUUGAGGGAUGAUAUGGAGCAAUGGGUUUCGGACACAUUCUAUUCAUACUUUCCUGGCUUUAACAACGAGUACCAAAAGCAGAAGCAACACCGAGAAAAUCGCGAAAACUCGUUGAAAGAUAAUAAAUUAAAUAAUGAGAACCGUUCGGACCAGUCACUUCAUUCCAAAGAUACCACAAGCGUCUACGAUAUGAUUAAGGUUCGCCCAGGAUCCACGCGAUACAAACUUUUGCAGGAUUUGCGACACACAAAUUUAUCAAGUGAGCCCAUUGCAAACAGAGAGGACCUCAAGGAUUUAGAAAGAAAGAAUAUAUCUGCGAGAAAAAAGGAAUACCAACAAGAACUUAUUCAACAAAUUGAAGAGAAAAGACGAUCAAUUGAAAUUCUCAAAGAAAAGGAGCGCGAACAGGAACGAGUUCUAACUAGACGUUUGCAGGAUCAGCUUGAAACUAUCAAAUUGGAAGAGCAACUGGAAAUGGAACGAAUUAAAGCCAUGGAGAUGAGAUUUAAGGCGGAGCAGAAUCGGCAUAUGAGAAAUCACAUUUUAGCCAAAUUAGAGAACGAUUCAAAGUUGUUGGAGCCCGAUGAUCUCGCAAACUUUACGAAUAAAAAAACCGACAAGGAAAACAUGCAAAACUCGAAAGGAAACAACGUCUAUAAAUAUUUUAGCAAUUCGGGCAAGAAGCCAUUUCAAUCACCCAAAGAUCAGUUUGAUGAGAUUGAUUUCCAUAAAAUUGAAAAGGAAUGCUUUCACUUGAGCGAGAAAAUAUGCCCAAUCUGCGAUAGGCCUUUAAAAGAACUAGAGCCAUUUUGUCUGCGGUGCCACAAUAGGAUUUUAUAUCAUUCAGCGAUUUUAGUGGAUCCCAAACACGCUGGAAAUGAAGAUAUAAACGCAAACAUACAAGAUGACAGGAAUUCAAAUAAUGGAUGUGAAGAUUUAGACACAAAGAAGUGGGAAAAUGGCAAAGUUUUUGCAUGUGUUAAAUGUGAACGUAUUUACGCUUUUUGUCCUCAAUGCUGGAAAAAGGACGACACAUGUAGUGCUUGCAAUACACAAAAAAAUCUCUGUAUGUAUUGUCGAACAAAUUUGUGUUCGUUUUGUUUGGGUGAAGUGGCUUCUGGAAAAAACUCCGAAAAUCACCACGUCAAUGAAAAAUCAGACUACAUUACCGACUCAUCCUUUCAAAUCGCUGCAAAUGGGGAAACUGAAACCUCUUACUUGUGUGUGGGAACGGAAAUUUUUUCGCAGAAUAACCUAAGCGGAAAGUGCGCAGAACAUUCUCCAAACUAUUUAUAUGGCGAAACUAGCCCCUCAACACAACUAAAUAAGCAAUUAGUCACUACAAAUAAUAUAACGGGUCCUGAAAUAAUAAAAAUUAACCAGAAGAGGCUUAAAAACUCUCCCGACGAUCGGCAAGUCCUUAAUAACUACAAUGACAAAGAUAUACAAAAAUUGCGCCAAAAAACGGACACUACACUUAUGAAUUAUUUGAGAAACUAUAAAGAUUUAACUUUUUAUUCAAAUGGACGCGCGCUCGAAACUACGGCGAAUUCUCGAAGAAACGUACUAAAUGGAGACAGCUUGGCUAUACCAAUUUUAUGUGAUAUGCCGAAAAUGGUACGAAAAGGAAAACCAAAACCAAAUAAUCUCUUCUCCAACUUAAAGCAACGAUGGGAUAUACCUGCGGUGCAAACAAUUACCAUAUCCGCAACAUCUCCAAAAGUUGUUACGCAAGUUGGUGCUAUAAGGAAGCAAUUACAAACGGAAAACCUAUUUCUUGAUAACAGAGAUUGAACGCAGCAUGAAACGUCUAACUAUUCUUAAUCAAGUCUAAUGCAACACACCAACAAUAGAGCUAGGAAUUUUAAAUUAUUUUUUACAACGACAAAUAAACGAUAAUGUAAAUAAAUUAA